GCUCUUUGAAGAUUAUAGGAACUAAGGCAAUACUUUAUGACGAGGAGUCCAAAACUCUGGAUUCUCUUUUUGUACAAGUAGCACAGGUGAAUCCUGGAGCAGAGUUGGAAAGUGACCGAUACCUGAUAACUGUAGAAGAAAAACUGCAGCAUUCAGUUGACAGCAGCCAGGAAGCUGCUAAAAAAUUUCAGGAAGAGAGACAAGAGUCGAACAGUGUUGUCCACCACCCAGGCAAGAGAAAAAGACAGAGUUUCCAGCCACCAUUUGGUAAUCAAACGAAUCACACUCGUCCCACGGAGCCAGACAUGAAAAAGCCAAGAGAAGAAAAUCCAAUCCCGCGUCAUAAUAGGUUCGCCAUGAACAGACCUCCGAGUAAAAUGGAAUUUUUCAACAUGUACAGUUCUAAUUCAGACAAACGAGAACAACAUCUACAAGCCAUCCAAAGAGCAGAACGUCAGCAUGGGAUGCGAACGGUUCUUCAGGCGUCAAACAAAGAACAAAGGUCUUUCAUAGGGACAGAAGAACAACACGAUCAAAGAGUUCCUACCAAUAUGGCAGCUCGGAGACAACGGACUGGAAAAGAGAAUUCAUGCAUCUUCAGAGGAACCACAAGUGGUAACCUUCACUUACAAACUCAAAAUGAGCGCGUUCGGGACAGUAAACGAAAUGCUACCCAGAUUCUCGCCCUCUUUUCAUGCUGUAAGGAUAUCCCUCCACCAAAAAUGCCGUUCCGUAAAGUAAACGCACAGACGAAUGAUGUAAAUAUUGUGAGGGGUAUUACACUUAGCGAGCGGAAUGAUGGUAAAGGUGAUGCGAUACGUGAUAUGGAGGAUUUAGAAAACUAUUCCCAGGCAAAAAGAAUUUCUACCUUUUCAGAUGUGCCGCAGACAAAAUUAGACAAUGAUUCUUCCGAAGGAGAAUUGGGAUGGAACCAAGAUUUUAGUUACUCGUUUGAUUUGUCGCCAGAUUCUUUCGCGGCUUGUUCGGAUGAGAGGAAAGCGGGAGCUGCUGUCAGUGAUCUCUUUGAUUUUAAUGGAGGAGUUACAAGCUUUUUUUUGUGUAACAUUAUCGAUACUGUGUUUGACUUUCGUCAGGUCACUGGAGGAGAUGGUCACUCGUGGAAAGGUUCAGUGGUAAGCAACACUGCAAAGAGAGUGUCAGUGAUGUCGGUGCAAAGACAAGAUCUCUACAGUCAGCCAAGAAAUGGGGACAAAAAAACUUCUUCAGAUUUCAACUGCAUUGACUCGAUUCCAUCUGUGGACCCAGCGCCUCGACUGCCCACUCAAGAAUUUGACACAAGUGAAAGUAUUGCAUUGUCUUCCAUGGAAAGAUUUGUAGGGAUCACUCCGAAGCUACAAAAAUUACCUGAAUCUAUUCAACGUGUUCCUCAACUGCCAAGACGAAAAUGUCCAUUUAUUACCAUGCCGCCUAGUGAUCACAGUCUGCCGCGGACGGUUUUUCCAAGCACGAAUAAAUACCUUCAUACAAUGACUGAGCCAAAUUUAACGGAACUUCCUGAAGUUUGUCGCCAAACAGCUAAACCAGGUGGUACACGCGGACAGGCACCACACCAGGGGGGAAAAGAGCAACCAGACGAUAUGAACUUGGGAAACUUUCCCGAGAAAAGACGAGAUACAACGCAUUCUGUAAAACUUGGCUCUUGUCGACGUAUAGGUUUAAGGAGGGUGGGGUUAGGAUCUUCAUGUGACACCUCAAGUGGUCAAGAUUUGUUGUCUCAGGCAAGAACACCACCAAGUCAGACUAAGGAGGGAUUCAGACCUCCUACUACUACAGUUUUUAUUGCUAACAGUUCAUCUGGAGACCGCAACAUGGCUGGUGAAUUAUCUUUUCCAUCAUCCGAACAUUGUAAUGGUAGUGUCACGCCGACUCGACAUGUGACUGUCCCUGUUACAUUCGACAAUGUCACGCAGUAUAAGCAAGUCUUCAAAGCGGCUUUGAGAGAGCACCUGAACAUAGUUUUGUUUGAGCUGGCCCGAACUUACCACACCGCUCUUCAGAAGAUUGAUAUAUCAGGAUAUGACACCGCUCAGCAAGGAAGUCGAGAAAACUCAGAUGGUCCCAGUUGUCAUCAUGGCCAAGCACGUUUGAGAGCUGUAAAGAAAGACGGUCCAAAUAAGGGGCGUCUAUUUUACACUUGCCCAGGAACAGGACAAGCACAGUGCAAGUUUUUUAAGUGGGCCGACGAAUAUCAAUCCAGCAAGUCAGCAUCAGAAGGGACGGAGCGAAGGUCUUCAAAUAAGAUCAUACUGUCAUCCGCUGACAGCUUAAUGUCUUUCUUUAGAAGUCAUAAUGUUUCGUUUUAUGGUGAUUGCCAUCUAUUAAGGAAACAGUCAGACGCUGGGAAAGGAAGAUUUGGCGCAGCAAAGGCUAAGAAAUGGGGAAGGCUAAAAUGCGAUGAAGCUACUGCUGGGAAGAAAAAGCUCUCUCUGGAACUCUCGCGAAAAGAUCAUUCUUCUACUUAUUCAAAAGAUGACAUCUGGAUCAUUUCAAAGACUUUGUCUUUUAAUCCAGAUUCGACAUUUAUAGCGAGCAGUGUUUAUUAUGGACCAUCGUCCGGAGGAGAGCUAGAAUUAUCACCAAUCAGUGGAUAUUCUCCCUCAAACUGGCAAAGUGAAGAGACCGUGCAUGCCUUGAUGGCCUGCAAUGCUGGUACAGAACUGACUUGUAUUAGUAACAUUGACGAACAUGUCAAGAUGCAGAACAUGCCAGUGUUACCGUACCUUCUGCAAAGAGGACUGACGGGGCAACAAAGCAUCAGAUGCGCCUCAAGAGCAGCUUCUUUUGUUCCGCCAAUUCGUACAGGUUCCAGUGGUCCACUCAACCUUCCUCGUGAAGUAACGGAAAGCAUUGCUGAAGAAAUGAUAGCUCGUUUUGGCUUGAACAAGGAUCAAGCCGCCGCUCUGCUGUCCUGUGCACUUAUGUUCUCAUCGGAAUCGGAAAGGUCUUCAGCACCAGUCUGUUUGAUACAUGGUGUUUUUGGAGCGGGAAAAAGUUUUCUGCUUGCAGUCGUGGUUCUCUACCUGGUGGAAUUGUUCAAAGCCAACGAUUCUUUCAAUCAACAAAGUGACAACGUGUCUUCAUGGAAGAUUUUGGUAUCCUCCACAACAAAUGUAGCGGUGGAUCGCAUCUUGUUAGGAUUGCUUGACCUUGGCUUUGAAGAGUUCGUUCGUGUGGGAAGCAUUAGAAAGAUCGCUAAGCCAGUGUUGCCGUACAGUGUGCAUAGUACAGGAAGUGAUAGCCAAGAGUUAAAAGAACUACAGUCACUUCUGAAGACCGAGCUUACCCCUUCAGAGAGAACGUAA